GCCAGGCCAUACACUCAGUUUGGAACUGACUUAGAAGACACAGCUCCUGUCACCUGGUGCCAGGGCCCUGAGCCCUCCUUCCUCAUUUAACCAUGGGAUUUUCCAGCAACUGCUGGGGCUGGUUCAGGUUUUUGGCCUUCCUGUUGCUCCUGAUGCAUUCAGUCACUUCAGCAGCUGCCGUGAUGCCAGCCUGUGGAAAACCUCAGCAGCUAAACCGAAUCGUAGGGGGCGAGAAUGCCAUGGAGGCUGAAUGGCCAUGGAUUGUCAGCAUCCAGAAGAACGGGACUCAUCACUGUGCCGGCUCCCUUAUCACCAACAGAUGGGUAGUCACAGCUGCCCAUUGCUUCAAAGAUUCUGUGGAGCCAUCUCAAUUUUCCGUGCUUCUGGGAGCCUGGCAGCUGGGAAACCCUGGUCCUCGGGCCACACAAGUGGAUAUGGCCUGGGUACUGCCUCACCCUAAAUACAUUUGGCGGGAGAGCAACCAAGGGGACAUCGCCUUGGUGCGGCUCGAUCACUCCAUCAAAUUCUCUGAGCGUGUCCUGCCCAUUUGUUUGCCUGAUAGCACUGUGAAAUUCCUUCCUGGUACCUCCUGUUGGAUUGCUGGCUGGGGCAGCAUUGAAGAUGGAGUUCCCCUGCCAUAUCCCCAGACUUUGCAGAAGUUGAAAGUUCCCAUCAUCUCUUCUGAGAUAUGCAGUCGCCUCUAUUGGCGGGGCGCAGGCCAGGAGGCCAUCACCUCAGACAUGCUGUGUGCUGGCUACCUGGAAGGCAAGAAGGAUGCAUGUCUGGGUGACUCGGGGGGCCCCUUGAUGUGCCAGGUGAACGGGUCCUGGCUUCUUGCCGGCAUCAUCAGCUGGGGAGAGGGCUGUGCUGAGCGUGACCGGCCUGGAGUCUACAUCAGCCUCACUGCUCACCAGGCCUGGAUCCAAAGGGUAGUGCAAGGGGCACAGUUCCGAGGACAGUCACGGGGAGACGGCGAUGGCGUCAGGCCUGGGGGUGGCAGGGAUGGGCAAGGCUACAGGCCGCAGCCCUCCUAGGGGUGGGAUAUGGGGUCUGGGACCUGGGGGCCAGCUGCGGGCUCAGCUAGACGCCUGGAUCUUUGACUUCUUGUUGCAGUUUGUCUUAUUAAACACGACCUACCUCUGAAGGAUGGCAUGCCCCAGCUCCGCUGCCAAGUAGCUUUCCCCUGGGCCUGUAUCAUCUUUCUAUGGGAUUAGGCAUUCUCUCUCCUGACCUUCCCUAGGCCCUUGGGAGAAAGCAGGUUAUGGGUAGGAGGUGAUGAGCCUGAACUGCUGGGCCCUAUCCCGGCUGGCCGGUGACCCAGAGCUGCCUCCAUCUCACACCAGGGUCCGGUAGAGAGGGGUGAGGGAAGAAGACUAUAAGGCUCAAGAAAGCUUAUGUUUGCAUAUUAACUGAUAAUUAAUUUUUAUAGUUAUUUGUAACCACUUUCAUGUAUCUAACUCUAUUUAUUCCUCUAAUUUCAAUAAAUUUUUUAUUCACCUA